UCAUUCUAUUAUUAUUCAUUUCGGAUCAAAUAGUAAUAUAUAUAUAUAUAUAUGGCCAAUCCAGUAAUAGAAGAAAUCAUAUUUUUGGGAAGUGGAACAAGUGAAGGUGUUCCUCGAGUAAGUUGCCUGACAGAAUCUCCUGUGACUUGUAAGACUUGUAAAGACGCUGUAUUGGCCGGCUCGAAGAAUAGAAGAAGAAACUGCAGCCUUCUUUUGCGCGCCCAUAAUAGACAAGCUGGAAGUAAGACUCAUGUUGUGAUUGAUGUCGGCAAAUUCUUUUAUGAAAGUGCACUUGCUUGGUUUCCUAAAUACCAUUUGCGCAACAUCGAUGCAGUGUUGCUGACACAUGAUCACGCAGAUCACGUGAAUGGAUUGGAUGACUUGAGAGACUUUACUUUGCACAUGAGAGACAAUUGUUGUCCACUUCCAGUCUAUUGUGAUGACCAGACUUUUCGCAGAGUGGAAGCUAGUUUUCCUUAUUUGGUGGACCCUUCCAAAGGAACGGGUAGUGGAGUUACUGCUAGACUUGUAUUCUGUCAGAUAGAUCCUCUUCAAGAGUUUCAAGUUCUUGGAAUUAGGUUUAUUCCUUUACCAGUUUGGCACGGUCCUCAAAAUUCUGCUUUAGGUUUUCGUUUUGGUUCUGUUUCAUAUAUUCCAGAUGUUAGUGCCAUUCCGGAUACUACUUUGGAGAAGAUGAAAGGCUCGGAAUAUUUGAUUAUCGAUUCACUGUUUCCCGGAAAGGAAAUCAAACAUAUCUCACAUUUUUGUGAAAGUCAAGCUUUAGAAAUAGCCAAACAAAUUCAACCCAAGUUUGUUUAUUUGACAGACUUUACUCAUUUAUGGUUUCAUGACUUUGAUGAACAAAGGUUAAGACAAGAGUACCAAGAGUCAUUUGAUAUUCAUAUGGCAUAUGAUGGUUUGCGUGUUCAACUGGAAACCAGUAUCUCCUAGAAAGUGUUCUACUCGCGUGCUUAUGCGUUGGUGGACAGGAUACAAGAAUCUUGAAUAACCAACAUCGUUUCAUGAAGUCAUCGAUGGAUAGAAUGAAAAAAGAUUCGAUUUUUAUACUAUUUUCUAAAAAUAAGAAAUUAUAGUUUUGCACAAUUGUAAGACAUCGAAAAAGUCGUAAAAUGUUUUGCUCAGUCAAUAAAUAGUAGCUAAUUCAA